AUGUUUGCAGUUCGACGUUUCGCACUUUUGAAAGCCUGGUAUGUGGAGCACGCAGGGUCCGGCGCCGGAGUCAAAAGUCCACGAAGAGAAGAACGAUUCCUUUACGGAAUUUGUGAAGGCAUGAUAGAUGUAGCGUGGCUUUGUGCCUUCGCAAUUCGUUGCGUUUACUGGCUGGUAUUGCUUGCUUGUAAUUUCCUGGGAUACUCAACACUAUGGGCCAAACGAGAGAUCAAACAAAGAGGAGAACGUUAUGAAGCCAACCGCAAAAUCCCUGCGCAUGUCGCUAUCCUUAACAACGAUGGCACCAUCAAAAAGGAAAUGCUCUUGUCUCUUUUAGAGGCUGCUUUGGCGGAAAAUAUCCGAAGAUUGACCAUAUAUGAUUCAUCAACUGUCUAUGUUGACUUAGCAAGGGAAAUCCAAGGAUUUUGUAGAGUCAAGCAUAUCAAGAUUGUUGUGGGUUGCAUCAACCCCACACACGACUUCAGCGCUUAUCGACUUGUUGUUCAGCUGCUCUCUGCUGAAUGUGGACGUCCUAAGCUCGUUGACACCUGUCGAGAGCUUUCGUCGUCUAAAAGCCGAAUAACAACAGAAUGCAUAAGUUCACAUCUAGCCAAGCACUACGCGCUGUGUGAACCCGACCUUCUCAUACAGGUCGGCACCAUCCCUUCGCUAUGUGGGUACCCCCCGUGGUGCUUGAGGGUCACAGAAAUCGUACCAGUUCGAUCAUUACCAUGCAGUCGCUAUGCAUUCUCAGAAUGUGUUGAAGCGUUCAGUAGAAGAGACAUUCGUUUAGGGAAAUUCUAUAUGAAGGUUGUGUGUGAUUACAAGGUUCAACCAAUCAAGAUGGCGGAGUUGGCGCAUGCCAUUCCGGCGGUGGACAUGAUCAACGCCACAUCGAGGCUUCAGAUUGAAGCCGCUGAGGUCCGCGCCAGUAAGCCAAACUGGGGUUCCUAUUUGCGUUCGCAGAUGAUUCCGCAGGAAGACUAUAACUUUAUUUCUGCCUACGAGAACGCCAAGAGUAAAGAAGAACGCGAUACAGUUUUGGCUGCGAACGACGCCAACGGACAAGCUGCACGAACGAUUGUGAACCUCAUUACAAAUGUUGCAAAGGAUCAGAACGUGCGCUAUGUUUUGACGCUGCUCGAUGACAUGCUUCAGGAAGAUAAGAACCGUGUUGAGAUUUUCCAUAAUGCUGCAAGAAAACAAAAGCGAACGGCCUUCUCUUGGUUUCUUGGUAUUCUUCAACGACAAGACAACUUCAUUGUCAAUCAGAUGAGUUCCAUCAUAGCUAAGCUUGCGUGCUUUGGCUCUACUCUCAUGGAAGGUUCAGAACUUAAUUAUUACUUCUCAUUUUUGAAAGAUCAGCUCAAGAGCUCUUCCUCGAACGAAUACAUGAAUACGACUGCAAGAUGUCUGCAAAUGAUGCUUCGUAUUGAUCCUUACAGACUGGCUUUCACAGAAUCGGAAGGAGUACAGGCUAUUGUUGCCGCACUAAAUGGAAAAACUAACUUCCAGCUCCAGUACCAACUAGCCUUUGCCUUGUGGUGUCUCACCUUCAAUCCUGAUAUUGCUCGUCGCACACCUUCACUUGGCGUAAUUCAAGCCCUAGGAGACAUUCUUUCAGAAUCAUCGAAGGAAAAAGUCAUACGUAUCAUCAUAGCAACCUUCAGCAACAUUUUAAAGAAGGUGGAAGAGAAAGAUAUAAAAAAAGAAGCAGCUUUGCAAAUGGUCCAGUGCAAAACUCUCAAAACACUUGAACUUACAGAUGCCAAAAAAUAUGGUGACACUGAGCUUGAGGAAGAUGUUGAAUUCUUGACUUCUCAGCUCCAGCUAUCGGUUCAAGAUUUGAGUUCCUUUGAUGAAUACUGCAGUGAGGUUCGCUCUGGUCGACUGCAGUGGUCUCCAGUGCACAAAUCAGACAAAUUCUGGAGGGAAAAUGCUCCUCGAUUCAACGAGAAAAACUUCGAGCUUAUCAAAAUAUUAAUACGGCUUUUGGAAACCAGUCAAGAUCCUCUGAUUCUUUGCGUAGCAGCUCACGAUGUUGGGGAGUAUGUGAGACACUAUCCUAGAGGAAAGACCGUGAUUGAACAGUACCAAGGAAAGCAGGCGGUGAUGCGACUCCUCACUGCGGAAGACCCUAAUGUCCGCUACCACGCUUUACUCGCUGUUCAGAAACUUAUGGUGCACAACUGGGAGUACUUAGGAAAACAGCUCGAUGUAGAAGCUCCUGAGACUGUGGCAGUCAAGUAGGGCUCUACAUAUAUGAGUAUAUAUUAUGCAUCUUUGAUUAUGAAUACGUCACUUGAGCACUCUAAUCGUCUGUUAUGAUCUGUUAUUUAACUUAGAUUUUUGCGACGAUUUACGACUGCUAUUAGUGUUACCGGUGGACUACUUCAUUCCACUAUGAUGCUACUAGUAUCAAUUAUAGAUUCGUUUGUAUAGAGAUUCUUUACAUUAGUUUGUUUAUCUCUGAAAGAAUUCGAUUUCUCAGUCAGAACAGUUCAUGUGAUGUGAAAUUUGAGUACUUGUACAUUGUAUCAUCUCUUUGAUGAAGAAAGAAAAGUAUUUCUAAACUAGUUUUUUUCUC